AUGGCGUUUCGACAGCAAGGUCUCUCGCGCACCCUGCCGAAGAACUUCACCUUUCCUUCGGCAAAUAUGGAGGAACCUAGAACCCCCGAACGCGCCUCGACCUUCCUGGACGUUCCGCCUCCCCCUCCUCGCCAUUCUAGUUGUCGCUUGCGCAGGUCCCGCGUGCGCUCGGGGACCGACGUCUUUGCGCAGGCCGAGUAUGAUCUCAAAACCUCUUCCUCUAGCCGACCCGAUAUCCCGUUACCCUCUAUUGAAUUUCCGCCCGGCGACGCUUCAAUGGCUCAGCCACCUUUGGUGAUGCCCGCCAGCAAUGACCGCUUUCUAGCGCCCCCGCGGGAUCGUGUGGCCUUGAAAACCCCACCGGCCCAGAUCCGCGCCGAUCCCAUCGAGCCGAAUUCCGCGGAGCCAUGGACCACCGACGACCCCCAGCUGUUGGGGGGAGCGAUAGAACGCCCCGGCUCCGCCUGUUCGCAUGCCUCGGACUCCUCGGUCUCGUCAAUUGAAACGUUCGCUUCGCGGCGUUCGGUGGGCGGAAGCUGCACAAGUAUGGAAAGUGACUCAUACGAUCCAUUUUUCCACUUUGAGCUCCACCCGAAGCCGGUUGAAGAAUCGCCGUUGCCGAAAAGUCAGCGCAACAAGUCGCGGGCGUUACCGAGAAAAGAACGGUGGACAUUGGACAUGGACAACCACCUUUGGAACACCUAUCAACUAUACCUUCAGAACCCGACAAUUACCCCGUUUAAGAUGACCCCGGGGAGCAUCCCGCCAUUAGGAGUGACUCAUCGAGUCGCGCGCGAUGCGAAGAAGACCUGGGAAAAAAGACCUCUUCUCUUCAGCAAGGAUUUUAUAUCGACCGCGCAACAAUCUCGUAGUGGGGACUCUACACCGACUCAGAAGGCGGACCCCUCGAGGCCACUCUGGCCGAAGUCGGAAGCCUCAACUAGGCGGAGAUUGAAACUCCUAUGCAAGAGAAAGUUCUCCAUCGCCCCUCAUUAUCAAAGAAUGAUGCAAUCUAAGAGCCCGACGCCUGCGCUGGACUUGUUCUCGCAUCCAUCUGGCGAGCCAUCGCACGCCGAGGCUUCGGGAAGUAAUUCGACGGCCUACGCCACCCGCGACUUGGGUGUGUCUCUCGUUUCCAGCUCAGUUCCCGGGCCCCUCGCCCAACUGGCCACGGAGACGGUUUCACCUCCAGAGACGAACAACGAGUGGUUCAAUAACCCCGUCUCUCACGAACCCCCUCGCGCGACAGACCCUUUUGUCAACAAGCCCUUCAGUUUCGACGAACGGGAUGUGGCGCCGCCUCGUCUUGGGUCGCCGUUCACGUAUCAUACGUGGGGUCCUCAUAAUUCGAGAAAGCGAGCCAGUCGCCACACCCCGCGAGUUAGACGCGAGACGAUCCACGUUACCGGAUCACGACUGCAGUCACCACCGCGCAUGGAUAUGUUCUCUGGUAUCAAUCGCCGCCAGGAAAACACCGUCGAGUCGCCCCAGGAACAAGACACACGGCGUCAUGUGGAAGAACUGUUCCGCCAGGGCAAGCUGAGCGAUGGUGGCCAGCGUCGCGUGCGAAUCAGAAACCGUGGGGCCACAACCAGCUCCGUCAGCUCCAAGGGCCUCGACCAGCUAUUUUCUCCCCCGUCAUCUUCAUCGAGAAACGAGGAAACGUACGACAUGGCGAAGCCCGUUGCCGAACCCCUGCGGAACCUGACCGGGGAAAGCAUAAAACGACUCGGCUCGCCAUUCAAAGUGGAGACCUUCAAACGCUCCGGGCCGAUUGCCAGAUUUGUGAGACACGCACCCUCACGCUCGGAGCCAUUCUCCCGCGAAUUGUUGUCUCAGAUUCGACCGGCAACCCCGGACGCUCGGCUCAUGCCUCAGGGAAUGCCGAAUGCACUCCCGCAUGAUCCCACCGAGCAAGGCAUAUCUGAUGCAGAGCGGAUCCGGAGACAAAUAUUGAACCUGUCCCACUCGAGACAAUGA